AUGCCCUACAAAGUUCCCUUUUGUCUGAAGACUGAUGAAGAGCGCGAGAAGAACAUCGAGAAGAACCUAGACUUCAUCCAUAGGACGCACAUGGAGGCGAUCUUUUACACGUACCGUGAGGGAAAACUUGCACAAACUCGUGAGCUCUGUAUUCGUGCCAUGGAUAGCCACCGUCUCCCUAGCUACUACCGCAAGGUGUAUCAGGGACUUGUAAGGACCAUCGACGGAGACGUGGACCUAGCAGCGGAGAGCCCUAAGAUGUCCCAAGCUCUUGUAGCAGUCAAAGGCGACCAAGCAGACACUGUGGAGGAGCGUACCACUACCAUGCUACAUGCGCCAGCCGUUUGCAAAGAAAAAGAUAUCAUUGGAGAUAAAAGCAAAGUCCAUAGCCCAAUGGCUAUCAUUGACAGCGCAAACGCGUUUGGAGGCGGUAGCGAUGAGACCGAAAAUGCUAACCUGUUCGAAGAGCUGGUUCGUCUCGCAAACAAAUGCAAGAAGGAUGGAAAGGACAUGAACACCAAUGGCACGAGCAUUCGGCGCCCAUCUUCCAAUUAG